AGUAUUUUGUUGACGUCUGUCAAAUUUGAACGGUAUGGUGUCGAGUCAAUGGGGAACAUGCAAUGGCGCUGAUUUUAGAUUUGGUGUCUGGUGACAUCACUCUGUUUCACGUCUUCACUUGGCUUGAUAUUGGCAGUGUUCACCAGGACCUCAAAGAACUUUUAAAAGAUGAAACUGAAAAUAUCAGAUAUUCUUUUCCUCAACUGUUGAUUGCUUUUAUUAAAGAACAGACAUCAAGUAUUGUGAAGCUACACAAUAUCCAUCCAUAUGAACAUCAUACUAUAUCAUCCCCAAAGAGAGAAAAUGCAUUACCAAAAGUGAAUAAUUUGUCAUUGUCAAGCCCCAGUCCCAAUUUCAAGAACAAUGGCAGUUGUCAAGAAACAAGAAAAAUUCGCAAAAUCACACCCCAACGACUGGAUCUGUCAAGUGACUCUGCUUUUCCAUCUCUUCAGCAAUCUGCCCAGCCCAGAGAAAUUCCAAAAAAAAGAAGGAUAAAUCCAACUCAACUUAUAGAGAGUCCAGUUGCUACAAGGGUGCUACUACAGUUUGGUUCUUGCAUACGACCAAGCCCCCCUGCUCUUGGACGUAAUGCUUUCAAUCAAGCACAAGAGCAAUCCUGCCACAAAAGCCUUGACCAAGAACGAGCCCUUCUCAAGGAGAAGAAACGCCAAAUCACGGUUCCUGCCGUAUCCGAUUUGGGAAGCAAUACACCCAAAAAUUGGAUAUGUGUUGAACCAGACAUCAGUUUUGUCACUAACCAAUCCCAACUCGACCGUCUAAGUGCCCUCUUUUCCUUUUGCCUUUCUCGUAACUUUGUACCAUCCGUAUUCAGCGAGAUUCAGUUUUUAAUUCAGCUGCUGGUACUCCGUGUGAGUCCUGCCAAAUUAAAGCAGACUCAUCUUGCUCAAAAUCUACUCGGUAGCGUUCACAACUGUGUGUAUUUUUCAGCAAAAACACUGGAACAAUUGGAAGGCAUCUGGUGUCAUGUCGAUCAAAGUGUCCUUCAGCAGCUGAUGCACAAUCCAAGAUUGCUACUCUUCUGUCCCGAAUGGACCAACGACAAGCUGCCCAGAUUAAGCUCGUCGAUAACGAACGUUGAUAGAAUUCCUCCACAUAAAACUGUUGCUAAUGUAGCAUUUCAAACGGAAACUGACAACAGGUUCAAUUUUGCCAGCGAUUCAUCUUUCCAAGUUUUUAGAAAGCAACGCGAUCAGUUUUGCGAGGUAUGGCAAAUUUGGAAAAUCAACAGCUCUAUCCCCGGCUGGAACAUGUCUAUAGCUUUACAGAAGAUGAUUCAGUCAUUGGUGGAUCUACGUAGGGAUUGCGUCAACUACGCCCAUCUGGCUCGGUUAUUCCGUUCGCAACUGCUGAACGUUGCCCAGCUAGUAAAACCCAUCAACGAAUUAGAAGAACCAGAUGGACCUCUGGGCCUGCUCCAGUCUUCCGACCCGGACAAGCUUCGUCGACUAAGGGAUCGUCUUACAAACCCACCUGAAAGCCGUCCAGCUCGUUGUAUUGGAAAUGAAAACGACAUCAAAAUGCACUUUGAAGGGGAUCAAGAAUUCUUCCGCGAUUUCAUCUUACUUGCCGCCAGUCCAGCAUUCAACGAACAUUUGAAAACCAGCUUAUUGAGCGGAAUUGAAGACUUGUCUUCAAGCGAGGAUUGCGAUGAUCGAGCUCAGUUUGCUGAAACUGUCAUUGCACUUCAAGUGAUGGCCAAAUUUUUGGGUUUUCUCCAUUUUUAUCCGCACGCUUCUGGCGAUCACCUUCCAGAGCACAUCUUCCAUCAUUUGAGCAGACUGCGCAUUAGUCAAAGAGAACCGAUCGACCUCGUGAACUACAUCAAGGACGCUUUUCAAAAAGGCCGGCUCGUGCUGAUCAUACCGUGGGUUGUGACUUACCUCACACUAGCCGAUCCAGUAUCUCUUUGUCUUCCGGGCUUCCAUUCUGUCCUUUGUCAUCUGAUUUUCGUCUACCGGAAAGCUGAAAUCGCUCCAGCGAAUGCAUUUUUAAUCCGCAUUUUACUUGGUUGGCUUUUUAGCCAACCAAAUUUCCCUCUAGCGUUGCUGACGAAACCGGACGAUGAUUUGCUAAUCGAGUUCGGAAAUCUGUCAUUGUCAACUACUGAUGACCAGCUACCUCGGCUGGAUCAAUCCCGGUUAGUCGAUUCGAGUUUAAUCCAUCAAUGCUGCCCUUUCCUGUGGUCGUGGAAGCAUUUGCUGGCGGAAUUCGCCUGUUCAGAUGCAAAAUACAGCGGAGAAAGAGCUUCGGUUAGCCGUAAAAUCACGCCCGUCUCGGCAGAAGAGAAUCCGUCACCUGUGAAAGCUCCUGCAGUUAAAUCGCUGCAGAAAUCGCUAGAAGAGAAUUUCUUCCACAAUCAACCGUCUUCCGUCAAACGGACGGUUGAAUUUGUGGCUGAACGGCUAGCCUCAAAUAUAGUCCGUGACGUCCGUCAUCAGAUUAUUCCCCGUUUAGUUUUAAGCGCUCAAGCAACCCUCAAUAAUUGGCCGUCUACGGCAAAGGAUCCUGUGGAGUCUCUAUGCCUUCAGCUCUGCGCGGACGUCCGCGAUGAAGCUGCUUCCGCUGCCACAUUCGCCAUUGCUUCCCUCGAGUCUACAUUGACGGCCUUACUGCCCAAUGAUUUACUACCUCCUGUAAGAAGAGUCUGUGUUUCUAUAGCGUCUAAAUUAACUCAAGGCAAAGUUCUUGAUUGGAUUCAACUUCACGUCACGAAAAGCUUAUUUAAAAACGAUCUAGAAGUCGAAUUGGCCAAACUCGAUAAAAGUUGUGCCCGUCGUGUAACUACCCCUGGGUCCCCAACGGCAUCUGAUAAGCCGCAAGUUGUUCAUGAUUCAACUACACAAGCUCCUUCGUUUCUCAUUGAUCGACUGAAAACAUUGAUCCGGCAAGUCAUUCGUGACGCUUUAAAAGUGACUGAACAAGAUCUGAUCGACUUGCUGUCCAACUCUGAAGGCACGCUGCAUAGGCGGGUUGAUGUGACUCCAAUCGUCUCUAAAUGUCUUCAACAGUUGACGUUCGACUUACUUUUCAUCGUUUGCGUCUUUCAACCAGAAAGUAUAGGAUCGCAAACAAUAACAGCGUGGGUCGCUUUCUGGUGCAAAACGUACCCAUCCAUCGAUUCGGCAGAAACAGAGGAACCGGUUCAACCACCCGGAGCGCUAAUUUCAACUUGCGUUUGGCAAGUUUUGACGCCCAAACAGCUGUUGCUGCUGGCUCAAUCAACUUCGCCUAGAGAGUCUUGGAAUCACGUCACUACACUUCUCCUACAAUUGAUGAAAAGUGGACUUGUUCGUUACAAAGACGUUCAGGAGCAAGCUAUUGCCGUUGUCCGGCAAGAAUGGCCUCAGGAACUUCUUGGGCGAUUUGCAACUUGCGUUCGCGACAUUGUUGAUUGGCAUCGCAAUCAAAAAAGUGACCCGAACCUUUCAACGUCUGAAAGCUGCGAUGACGACGAUUUGUUGAGUUGGUUGUCUUGGUUUUGUGCGCAGGACGAUUUGUAGUGAUAGUUGUAAAGUCAAGUUUGGCUCGUGCGACAACAAAAGAAGAGUAAAAGAAAAUCUGGAUAGCUCUUUUGUACCUACUACGAAAAUUAAAUCGUCCCAAUAAAUUUUAAAAGAAAGAAAUAAAAGGGCCCUGGGCCUGUGGCAAAAAGAAAGCAGCGCACUUGAUGGUGUUGAAAGUUUGCAAGCAAAUGACGUAA